AUGGACGCCGCCUUUCCCGCAGACGAUCCCUGCUACCUGCGGCCGCACGCACACACACGCGCGCGCACACACACACGCGCACGCGCCGUACACAGACGUGCUCCUAACGCCGCCGCGAAAUUGAGCGCAGAGAGACGCACGAGUGUGGUCAGUAAAAAGCUUCAUAUAGCACGCAUCUCGCAAACUCCAGCGAUUCUAACAAUCCCUUGGGCUGCGUCUCUAAUGUUCCCGAGGAAAGCGGAGUUGAAGGAAUGCUGUCCCUGUCUGCGAACGUUUUUGCUGCUACACCACUGUUAUUGA